AUAUAGUCUCUAAAUGGGUCAACACCAAAAAGCAGCACAAGUCUUCUCAUUCAACCAUUUCUUAGAUUUGAGCUCAUCCCACCUGAAACAAAAACCCAUAGACAAAUUCACCGGAAAACAUGGAUUCCCAAAACGGAAGCUGCUGCCGUUGCUGCUUCAGCUUCAUAUUUACGAUGGGUCUUACUGCUCUGUUCAUGUGGUUAAGUCUACGCACAUCAAACCCUUCUUGUUCAAUUAAAGACAUCUACAUACCAACACUCAACAUGACCUUAAAAGAUACCAAAAACACCACCAUUUACAUCCACAUGAGGCUCGACAAUGGCAACAAAGACAAGGGUAUUUACUACGACGCCGUUUCUCUCAACCUCUCUUACGUUCCCAACACCACUGACCCUCAUAAGAGAACCCUCAUAGACGAGACUACAAUCCCUGCUUUUUAUCAGGGUCACAAGAAAAAGGCCACUAAACCAGUGAAUUUCUCUACUGAGGGAUUUAACUGGACUGAGGUUAGGAGAGUUGUUUCGAUUGAUAAGAAUGUGACAUUCAGGUUGGAUUUGGCUACGGCUGUGAGGUUUAAGAUUAUGGCGUGGAAAACCAAGAGGCACAAGUUGAUUGUUGGGGCAUAUGUGAAAGUCACUGACUUGGGUCUCAAAGAAGGAAAGCCCAAGAAGGGUAUUAAGCUCUCCAACAAAGGAACAAGAAUUGGGUGGUGUUCUUUACAGAUCUUGCCAGAUGAGGAAAAGCAAACAAAAUGCUGUGCGCCUGCAAGUCCUGCCUCGUCCAAAUGUCAACCACCGAAAAUACAUCACAAUCAUCUUCAUGUUUUUGAUCAUAUUCAGAAUGCAGUGUUCAAGUGAGUGAAAAUUGUUAUAUAGACUCACCCCGGGUGCUUGAUACUUUGAUACAAGUCACAACUGGUAUAGUACAUAUACAUUGGCAUAUGUGAAAGUCACUGACUUGGGUCUCAAAGGAGGAAAGCCCAAGAAGAGUAUUAAGCUCUCCAACAAAGGAACAAGAAUUGGGUGGUGUUCUUUACAGGUUGGGAUUUUACUCAAUUUGUUUAUCUCUAUAUUGCUUGGUAUUUAGUGAGGGUUUUUUUUUUUUUUUUUUUCCGUUCUGUUUUAAGAUUAUUCUUAUUAAUUCCAAUGGCCAAAUUUUGUCAAUGUGUAAAGAAAGAAUUUUUGGAAUGCAAAAUUUCUGUAGUAGUUCAUUGUAACAUUUAGCUUGAAGUAAUUCAGAGUUGUUCUUAGUGUAUUUCUUUAGUUAUAAUUAUAAAUAACUGAACCAAUUUCAUAAAUGAUGGAGUUUGGUGAACUUGCUUAAUUUGGUCUAUUUGCAGUUUUGUAUUUAGUGAAACCAAUAAUUAUCAAUUACAGGUUCUUGUGAUACUUUGGAUAUUUGUUGAUUUGGAAAAUUCCAAACUUGAUUUUUUGGUAAAUUUGUCAAAAACAUGUACAAAAUUGGAGGAAAGAAUAAUUAACAUCUACUAAUUUGGAGCCCUCAAUUCCUUUCCAACAUCUAUUGGAAAUUUGAAUUUGAUGAUGUUUAUUUGGGACUUGUGGUAAUUUUUUCUUCAAAGGACCACGAUGAGUUUUGUUGUUGGUUCAAUAAAAUUUUUAUUAGAGUCGUUAUCUUCAACUAUAGUCAGUUUUUUUAUCCCUUUAUUCAACAACGAUUUAACACUCACUGUUGCAGGUUUAGAAUUUUUGUAAAUGAGCUUCUUAGGUCACAAUUAUUUACAUAAAAUUUGGAAGAAGAAAAAAAGCAGAAGGAGAAAUCAUUGGGUGGAGCUUCAAUGAAAGUUGGAGAACGUGGGGGCAAUUUUUUGGAGAGAAAAUUGAUUUUAAUCAUGGAGAAAUAAUUCAAAAUGAAAUUGAAAUGAAAAAUUAAAAUGAAAUUUGAAAAUAAAAUGGAGGACAUGCAUAUAAAAUAUUGGAAAAUAGUUGGAGAGUUGUGUAUGCAAGAGGUAUUUUAGUAAAUAAAAUAAAAAGAAGUAUAAAAGUUAUAUAAUAAAAAUUACUUUUUUGAUUUUUCAUGUAAAUUUUUAUUAUUCAUUCCUUAUUGAUUUUGCAUUUUACCCUCUAUGGGGGAAAUUAACCCCUUACAUAAAUAUAAAUAAACAUGUAUGAAUAUUGAUAAUGAGAGACAAAAAAAAAAUGAAAGAAUAAGUGCUAUUUUUUUUUUCUUAUUAUUAUUUUGAUAUAACAUUGUACAAUAUUAAACUUAGUUCACAACUCUUAUCAUGUCCUUACAAUAUCCAAGUUGUAAAAGGGUUUCAACUUGUAAUAAAAUCUAGUUCAGUUCAAGCUCAUUAAGCAGCAAAAGAACUGGACAAAGUGUCUAUAAGUUCAACAUAUAUAACUGUCAAAAAAAAAAAAAAAAAACCAAGAUAAACAAAUUCCCACUCUAUGAUCAUAUUAGCUAAUCUGUUCACCUAUCAAGUCCAAUCCCAUAACAAGAAAAGAUAAUCCCUGAAAAAGCAAGAAGUAAAAAUGGACUCCAUGAGCAGAUAAUAGGCUUCUAGCUGAGGCAGUGAGUAAAAGAAAAGCAAGAACAAGUUCCUUCUUGUAAAGUUUGUUGGUCUUGUUCUUGGAAGGCACUUCAAUUUUAACUUCUUGUUCUUUGAGUUUACUUAGAAGUUCUAAACCGGAUUCUGAAUAUC